UUCAACCCCUCACGAAAGUCGCAUCUCCGUCUUUCGCUUCACACGGCUCUCUCCCCCUAGGAGCUCGGUACUCGACGUUGCUCUGCUCGUCUCGAUCGAACGAUCUCACUUGCAGCGGCUACCUGUCAGGUUCCACGACCCUCUUUCGUGAGACAUCUCUCACGGAGACCUUGACUGGUUUAUCGCGGUCGGACAAGCCUGGCUUCGAGGCUUUGAGGAUUCUAGGACGCCAAAGCAGAAGGUCUUUCUACUCGCUUCCACCCGCGAAAGUUCUUUACUCUGGGGCCAGUUGUAGAAUAAGGAGUGGAGGGCUCCCUGGAAAGGUAUAGCAUUGAACUGAGAAUCUGGUCCCUUUGAGAUUUAGGAGAGAUGGCUGUGGAUUUUCAACAACAUGUCCUAAAUUUCAUUUGGGGGCCUUCAAGCUAACGUGGUUACGAAGGCAGUGACGCAGAAACGUGGCUUGCAUUCUAGUCAGCGAUUUGCGCCCCUGUGAUUCUCUCAUUUUCUGGUACAUCCGAAGACGAGUGUUGCCUUGAUUGUACUUUUGUCGGAAUACAGCCGUCAACCUGUAUUCACCACUCUUCGUUCGCUUUUGUGCUCGCAAACAUAAUCUCCCUAUCUCUGCCAAAAGGUUAGCGAAACGUCGACGAGAACGUAUCGAGUCCGCUAUACAGUCUCGCAAAAUGGCCACCGCUCCACCCCAAGCCAGACCUGAACCUGGUCAGUGGAAAAAGAACCUUUCGCAUCAUCUCAUCUGUCCCGAGUGCAAGGAGGUCCCGCCCAAUUUGGAGUUCCCCGGGUCGCAUGAAACGGUAUGCGGGUCUUGCGGUUUAGUGCUCGCUGAUCGGGAAAUUGACAUGCAUUCUGAAUGGCGUACUUUCUCCAACGACGAUCAGAACAAUGAUGAUCCAUCUCGUGUCGGAGACGCUUCAAACCCCCUACUUAACGGGGACCAACUGGAGACCCAAAUCGCAAGCGGAGGCUCUGGCCGUGUUCGUGACCUGUAUCGUGCUCAGAACAAGCAGUCGAGCGAGAAGGCGAACAAGUCUCUUCUGGCUGCGUACAAAGAGAUCGGUGCUUUGUGCGAUGGAUUUAGCAUUCAGAAGAAUGUCGCUGAUACCGCCAAGUAUCUUUUCAAGAUCGUCGAUGAUGCGAAGGCCUUCAAAGGGAAGUCCCAAGAUGUGAUCAUUGCGGGUUGUAUUUUUAUCGCUUGCCGUCAAUGCAAGGUACCCCGUACCUUCACCGAAAUUUUCGCGGUCACGAAAGUGUCGAGGAAGGAAAUUGGCCGAAUCUACAAGGCGCUGGAGAAGUUUUUCACGGCCCAGAACCUGGAAAGGAACAACGCCGUGGUAUCAAACGGUGGUGUCCCAGAUCCCAACGACACAUACACCGCAACAACUUCCACCAAACCCAGCGACCUGUGCAACCGUUUCUGCAAUCUGUUGGAUUUGCCCUUCCAAGUCACCAGUGUAUCCUCUGCACUUUCUGACCGUGUCACAACCAUGGGAGACCUGGCCGGCCGGUCUCCUCUGUCCAUUGUUGCAGCUUGUAUCUACAUGGCCUCGUAUCUGAUGGGGCACGGCAAAACUGCCAAAGAAAUCAGUCAGGUCGCUCAUGUCAGCGACGGAACUAUCCGCGGUGCCUACAAGCAGCUCUACGCGGAGAGAGAGCGCUUGAUUGACCCGGAAUGGAUCAAGGACGGAAAGGGCGAUUUGAAGAACCUACCCGCCAGUUAAAUUGACCUUUUAAACUCUCCCCACAUAGCGCUUGGGAGUGAAAAUUUACUUCCUAUUAGAUGAUUCCAAAGCCCCUAACAAUACCAUGAUACCCAAUCAAACAAAGAAUUCAAUAUAAAAAUGGGAGGCAGAAUGAAAAGAGACCAAUCCCGUCGUCCUCACUGCCCACCCUAAUUGUUCUGCUAUUCUGAUAUGAUUGGACACGUUCAUACAUCGUGAUGUUUUCCUUAAUUCAAGUUGCAACUCCUAGUAGUAUCAAAAUUGCAAAACCGCGUUUGCCUGGUUUGCGUUAGGUAUGUUAAUUACCCUUCCAGUCCUCCCCCCCCCCUUCCUUCUCGGUGAUUCUUUCUAUCUUCUUCAUAUUCUGCUCAGCACUUUUGAUAUUGAUGUCAGAUGAGAGUACCCUUAUAUAUAGCUUUUGUUUCUAGGCCA